AAAUUAUUUUUUUCCGAAAUUCCGAGGGAAAGAAGUUCCUCGGAAUUUUCCGAGGAAAAGAUUUUCCUCGGAAUUUUCCGAGGGCCAGGUUCCUCGGAAAUUCCCGAUGAACAUUCCGAGGAAUGUUUCGUCGAAACUUCCGAGGAUUGAACCAUCGGAAUUCCAUCGAAAUAUUCCGAGGAAGGCGUCCCUCGGUAUAUUCCGAGGAAUCUUCCGACGAACUUAGUGUCCUCGGAGUUUCUUCGGAAUUUAGUUUCCUCGGAAUUCCGUCGGAAAUUUCCGAGGGAUUUCCGAGAAAAUAUGAAUUUCCGAGGAGAUAUUUCCGAGGAUUUUUUCGUCGGUAUGUCCUCGGAAUAGCGUUAUUCCGACGACAUACCGACGAUUUUUUCCGUCAGUAUGCCGAUGUUUUCUUGUAGUGCACUACUCUCAACUUAACUAAUUAAAAUCCACGUUUAUAUAAUAUAUUUGAGCAUGUAACAAAAAUAAUGACAUGUUCGACUACAAUCUGUAACAUAUUUUGCCAAAAACAAUUUUGUUCAAUCAAUUCACUGAAGAUGUUAGGCAUACGGCCUCAGCCCAAUAACAUGAUUGGGUUACAGAGAGCAAGUUUCCAUAAGAAAUCCGUUAAACAGUAAAGGUUUCCGAAAAGCAAAGAAAAUAGUUGUACCCCUUGAUACCACAAUCAUUGAGAGAGGUCAGAUAAGAGUUGAUUAGGUCGCUCCUUUAAACUCAAGAAAUUGGAGUUUUGAUCUGUCGUUGCAAUAUUUACACUAAAGGAUGUGGAAAGAUUUUCUCCUUUGGAAUUUGGUUCGUGUAACCUUAAGUGAUUGGAGCUUGACAUGUUGUUGUGUUACACAUUAAGAAUGUUGUGUGUGAUACUUUUGUGGAAUAAAGAAGGAUCUGUCAAGACAAGUGUGACGUGAAAAGUUUUUAUUGGUUCCUUUAUCAGAUAUGAUAAGAGAUCUAUAAUCACAAAUUUUCUAAUUAAUUUGGUGAUGCCAAAACUUUGAAAAGAAUAUGUUGUUUAAUAAGAAAAUAUUUUGUCAAUAUAUAACGUAAGUUUAGGUCAUGCUUUUUUUUUUUGUUCAGGAAAAUACAAGGGUUGUAGGGUUUUAUGGGUGAGUGAAUUAAUUAAGAAAAGUGAUCAACAUGUGCGGGAUCAUAGAAAAGAUGGCUAGCCUAGGAAUUUGUCCGUCUCGAAUAAUGUUAUAUAUAUCAAAGUAACUAGUUAAUACUUACUAAUGGUAUUUAAUGGUCUCAAAAUUAGGUGCAACAGAGCUAGAUAACGUCCAAAACUGGUGAGGACCAAUAAUAGAAAACGACAAAAGUAGGGUUUUAAACACUUUCAACAGCGCACUGACAUUUCAUCUCCGUAUGUAUUUUCUUGAAAAUCUCAGUUUCGCCUUGAGCUCUUCAGUUUUCUCUCUAAUGGCUAUGAUAAGCUUACUUGAAAUCUCAGUUUCUUUCCUUUGUUUCUCCUACUUCUUUGGAUAUUUCUUGAUUAUGAAGAAACCUCACCGUUCGUUUCCCACGAACUGGCCAUUCCUCGGUAUGCUCCCGGGCCUACUCGUAGAGAUCCCUCGUGUGUACGACUAUGUAACCGAGUUUCUCGAGGCCUCCAACUUAACUUUUCCUUUCAAAGGCCCACGUUUCGGAGGCCUCGACAUGCUGUUCACCGUAGAUCCGGCUAAUAUUCAUCAUAUCAUGAGCUCAAACUUCGCAAACUACCCUAAAGGAUCCGAGUUCAAGAAGCUCUUCGAUGUCUUAGGAGAUGGGAUUUUCAACGCGGAUUCAGAUUUAUGGAAGGAUCUGAGGAAGUCAGCUCAAAGCAUGAUGAGUCGUCCGGAGUUUCAAAGGUUUACACUAAGAACAAACAUGAGUAAGCUAGAGAAAGGUCUUGUCCCCAUUCUUGAUCACUUUGCUGAGAAGAAACUAGUCUUUGAUUUACAGGAUGUGUUCCAAAGAUUCACCUUCGACACUACGUUUGUUUUAGCGACCGGGAUCGAUCCAGGUUGUCUCUCGAUCGAAAUGCCUGAAAUCGAGUUUGCUAGGGCUUUAGAUGAAGCAGAGGAAGCGAUAUUUUUCAGGCAUUUCAAGCCGGAGAUUGUUUGGAAGAUGCAAAGGUUGCUUGGGUUUGGAGUUGAGUUGAAGAUGAGAAUAGCUCACUCGACUUUCGAUCGAGUUUGCUCUAAGUGCAUAGCUUCAAAGAGAGAUGAAAUAGCACGUGGAGUUACUAGCAUAGACUCUUCUUCUAAAGAUUUGUUGAUGUCUUACAUGGAUGUAGACACCACCAAGUACAAGUUGUUGAAUCCGGGUGACGACAAGUUCCUCAGAGACAUGAUUUUAAGCUUCAUGUUAGCGGGGAGAGACACCACAGGCUCUGCUCUCACUUGGUUCUUCUGGCUUCUCUCCAAGAAUCCAGAAGUAACGACCAAGAUUCGUCAAGAAAUCAACACAAAGCUAUCUCCAAGAACCAAUAAUGAUUCUGAUCAUUUCUCUUCGUUCAAUCCCCAAGAGCUAAACAAGUUGGUGUAUCUACAUGGCGCCUUGUGUGAAGCCCUCAGGCUAUACCCACCGGUUCCGUUUCAGCACAAGUCUCCUACAAAACCCGACGUUCUUCCGAGCGGACACAUAGUCGAUGUAAGUACGAAGAUUGUGUUUUGUCUGUACUCACUAGGGAGAAUGAAAUCGGUAUGGGGAGAAGAUGCAUCAGAGUUUAAACCGGAGAGAUGGAUUUCGGAAACUGGAAGGUUGAUACAUGUGCCAUCUUUUAAGUUCUUGUCGUUUAAUGCUGGUCCAAGGACUUGUUUGGGGAAAGAAGUGGCUAUGACGCAGAUGAAGACAGUGGCUGUGAAAAUCAUUCAAAACUAUGAGGUAAAGAUCGUUGAAGGACACAAGAUUGAGCCAGUUCCUUCUAUUAUUCUUCACAUGAAACAAGGCCUUAGAGUCAUGGUCACUAAGAGAUGUAAUUUGGUCUGAACGUUAUGCAAUCCUUUUGUAGUAUAUAGUAUGGCAACAAUUAUUUAAGUUCUAUAUAAAUGUUUGACUCGUUAUUAAAAAUGAAUUAUUUUUGAGAUA